AUGGUCGCGAGCAUCUUCAAUUCUCGACGCGGGGGCAAAGAUGGGCAGAUGGUGCAGCGGCGCGAGCAGCGGAAGACCCAGACCGGCGCGGGCACUGCCGCGCAGGUUGUGGAUGGCCUGGAGAAGGUGGCGGCGUCGGCAGUCCAGAUGAACCAGAAGGACGGCGCCGACGCACUCACGGUGACGGACGCGCACGCGGGGCUGGUGAAUGACGUGGCGCUGAAGCAGGGCAUGAUGGCCAUCUCGGCGAAGGCCGUGCCGAACUGCCACCAAUUCGUGUCGUGGCUGGCCACAUUUGCCACGUUUGUGCAGUGCUUCUAUCCGUCGUGCGGCUGGCGGCACAAUUUGCCGUUGGAUGGGAGCGGAGGGAAGCCGAUAUUGCCAUCCCGCCGAAGCUGGUGGGCUGCAGCAGCGCCGCUCAGGGCCACGCCGUCGCCAGGAGAGGCGGGCGGCCCGACAGGCAGCGCUUCCGGCAUGGUUCUGGCAGAGGUUUCGCCGUCCGGGGACGGCGGGGUGGCCGUGGGGACGGACGCGGACGCGGAGAAGAUCGAGAAGUUGCUGCGAUCGGAGCGGGGCGGGACGCGUCUGACAGCUGUCGGCAUUGUCGACGAGAAGAUUGGUGACGUCGCUUUUGAGCUGGCAGAAGACAUCCCGUUCGCGGCGCUGGAGCAGCGCCUCCUCCACCCUGAUGGGUGGGAGGCGCUGGCGGGGACGCUGCUCGGGGAGCCCAGCGCGCGGGCUGGCUACCUCAUCAAGAGGGACCUCCUCAAGACCUGGUGGCAGGAUGCGACACCUGAGCAGCCUCCCACCAAGGCGGGCGCACCGACGCGCUCGGCGGGCGCCUCAGUAGUGGCGAGCUCGCAGCCGGCCACGAAACCGGCGGCGAUUCUGAGUGCCAAGUACGCCACCGAGCUCGAGGGGCAGGGACUCGACGAGCCGGGUGCGCUCGCCCUUAGCAUUACCCUAGAAAUCGGAGGGGUAGUGUCGGCAGAGGAGGCGUUGGCACUGGACGGGGCAAAGUACGGCACGUCGCCUGGCCUGGUCAGCAAGGUACGGAAGAUGCGGGAGGAUGGAGCAAGCCUUUGCCAGGCCCUCAAAGGCGGACGCCGCGCAGUGCUCGAGCACUGCCGCCGUCUGGAGCAGGACUACAUUGAACGGGGCAUGCAGACAGAGGCCUCGCUGAUGCUCAGCCUGCGGUCUGGACUCAUGGAGUUCAAUGACGAGAAGAUCCUCCUCACCUACUUCCAGCGGUACCUCCGCAAGUACUCCGGGCGCGGCCUGCCGAGCCUGCCCGUCGACAAGGAGCUCCGCGACGACGUCUUCCGCGAGCAGGAGAAGUCUACGGAGUCGCUCAAGAAGGAGAUCGAGGACAUCGGGAAGCGGCUCGCCAAGGCGGAGGCGGUGGCGGCAGAGGCCAAGGCCAAGGCGGCGGCGGCCGAGGAGGCGGCGAAGCGGACGGGCAAGUCCAACGUCAAGACCUGCUACUGGUGCGGCGAGGAGGGGCACGUCAAGCCUGAUUGCCCCGUCUUCAAAGCCGAUUUGCCGAAGGUCAAGAAGGGCAACUGA